UGGAGAAGUACAAUUUUUCGAGUGGAAGUUGCGGAGGCACAAGUUCUCUCUUCCAAAGCGCCAACCUCGGACAGUUUUGUGUUGGACGCCAGCGUGUGUGGAUGGUUUUCUCUUCAUCGCCUCCUUGGUCUCGUGUCGAUCGAUCGUGUGUCUCUGUAGUUUCCAAAGUGAGACGGGCAAAUGUUCUCAAUUCAUCGUCGCACCUGAAACGAAGUGACACUGCUUGAAAAAGUGAUUCAUUUUUCUCCUUCACCGAGACGAAUUGGUUUGUAUUUUGGGACUGAAGAAAAACAUUAUUUGCAAAUUGCCCUGGGUGAAUGUGUGUUUUUCGGUUGCAAUUUGAGAGGAAUUGUGUCUUGCCUUUUUUCAAAUUGCUCACAGACCACACUCUGGCGCAAAAUCAUCCAUUAACGGUACCCAGAGAGACAAAACGUUAAUCCUCGAGAUUAAAUCGCAAUGUGGAGUUAAUUAGGAGAGAGAAAGAAGUGUCUUUUUCUUGAGUGCGCUCUAUCUACCAGUGAUAAACAUUCACUAAAUUGGUAUUGCACAUUGAUUUGCGCAGUUUCUGCCUUAUCUGGGAAAUUGCUCUCAACUCUGCAGUGAACAAUUUUGUGACUAUUGAUUGUCGGCGAGGGGAGACCGAGGAAGUCUCUUGGACGGAAGCAAGGGAGAGCCAGUGUGUUUUCAUGUUUGAGUGAGAGAGUGUGUCGGCCACCCCUAAUCAGAGUGUGCGGUGUGAGGUAAAUUGAGGACUUCUUGGACGCCCCGCUCGAAAGAGGCAAAAAGUCACGGUGAGAAAAUCGCGGUGUGAUAGCAUCCAGGAGAAGACAUACAAGCGUAGCUGGCUGCUAAGGUUGGAAAAAUAUUUGGAUUAUUGAAUUUGGAAGGAAGAGGAGGGCAAAUUAGACAGUGUCACGCAAUUUUUUCACUUCUUCCUCUUUUCUCUGACCACCUUUUGCAUAAAAGUAACAUUAAAGUGAAUAAUAGAGGCCUGUGUGAGAAGGAAAGGAAUUCCUCGGUGGGUGAAUAAAUUUUCCAUGAUGAUUGAUUCCUCUGGAGGACUUUUCACCACUUCGAGAUAGGACGUGCACGAAAUCUCCACAUUGUCAGUUGAUGAGCGGCAAAAGAUCGAGGAGCUUCAAGUGUGCCGUCCAUCAUCGUGACAGGGAAGUCUGUUCUGAAAACGAUUUCCACAUCAUUUUUCAGGAUCCACCAUUUUUCGAAAGAAUGGUUCACGUGAUUGCGAUGGAAGUGCUUCCGGAGGAACGAGACCGGAAAUACUAUGCAGACAAUUAUUCAUGCUGUCCACCUCCGCUCUUUGUGAUAUUUGUGACACUGGUCGAGCUGGGCUUUUUCACAUACCACACACUCACGUCCGGGCAGGCUGAUCCUGCUGGGCCCGUGCCGAUCGACUCCAUGUUCAUCUACCGGCCGGACAAGCGUCAGGAAGUGUGGCGAUUCCUCUUCUACAUGGUUCUCCACGCAGGAUGGUUCCACUUGGGCUUCAACCUUGUCGUGCAACUGCUGGUCGGUUUGCCGCUCGAGAUGGUUCAUGGCUCCACUAGAAUCGGCUGCGUAUAUCUGGCCGGAGUCUUGGCGGGCUCACUCGGAACGAGUGUUUUCGAUCCCGAGGUGUACCUGGUCGGCGCCAGCGGUGGCGUCUAUGCUCUCUUGGCCGCACACUUGGCCAAUGUGAUGUUGAACUACAGCAAUAUGCAGUACGGCAUUGUCCGACUGGCGGCGAUAUUUAUUUUCGCUUCUUGUGAUGUUGGCUUCGCGAUCUACUCGCGAUACGCCGUGGAGAACACAACGGCGCCCUCCGUGUCGUACGUGGCCCAUCUCACGGGCGCCCUGGCGGGCCUGACCAUUGGUCUUCUGGUGCUCAAGAACUUCGAGCAGAAGCUCCAUGAGCAGCUCCUGUGGUGGGUGGCGUUGGGCGUCUAUGCGGCCUGCACAAUCUUCGCCGUGGUGUUCAAUCUGCUGAACACGGUGACUGUGCAGCGCCUGGAGGAGCAAGGAGAGGUUAUCAAGGAGCACAUUUUCCACGAUCUGGGCAUUUAAACAGUGCCCUUUGUUCCCAGCUAUAGAACAAUGUAUGAGAAAUGUAUAUUUUGUACACUCCUGAACAUUUCCCUGUAAUUUAUUCUCAGUUUCACAGAGGGAUUUUCCUCACAAUGUAAUUAUUAUUUCCCUGUAUUUUUUCUCAUAUUUAUGUUUAUAUAUGUUGUGUAUAUAGAAAUAGUAGAAAAGGUCUGAUUUAUGUUCUUCACAAAAAAGGAGUGGAAAGAGAACAAAGUUAUACUGAUGAUCCUGUAAAUAUACAAGUAUUUAUUAGAUGUAAAUAAUAUAUUGAAGUGAAUCCUGCAAAUGUAGAUGAUGUUACAAGUAUUCCAGUUUUUCCCGUGAAGGGACAUCAUAAAGAAAGUAAAAAAAAAAAAACAUGUCAUUUAAAUGGAAAAUUGAAGCCUUUUUCCGCGGAGACACAACACAAAUAAUGCCACACGCUAAAAACCUUAUCUUUCAAGUAAUCACAAGACGACGAGAGCAAAAAGCACACAAUUAGUCAUGAAGAAAUAGGCUUAUUUUAUUGCAAAGCACAUUUAACAGUCUCUCAAUCAAGUAAUCUGCCAACAAUUGUCUUACAAUCUAAUUUUCUAAUCUUUCAAAAAUAGAUUUCCUCUGUAAAAGUAUAUCAUAAUAACCUCUUCUUCACUUGUUAAAUGUUUAUUCUGUCGCGAAGGUCGACGUUUCUGUUGCGUCAACCUUUUAACAUCAUUGUGUAUAAUUUGUUGUGUUGUGCACUUAAACCAAAGACUGAAAUUACAUUAUGAAAAGAUUUCUCUUGAAAGAUGUUAAAUUCGAAGCGAUAAAUUGUGGCAAAAUUGAGGUUUUCUCAGUUAUUUCCUUGGAAAUUAAUUCAAUUUCAAUGUUUAAUUCUGAUAACAAUUAAGAAAAGAAAAAAAUGGCAAAAGAAGUAUGAAGUAAAAUAUAAAACUAGUCAAUGUAGAGAUAUAAAAAAAAGUGAAGUGUAAAGAGAAGUAUGAAAAAAAGUCGCAAAGAUUAGUGUUGUAAGAUGAAUUUAUUUGAUCUUUCAAAAGUAUCUGAAGAAAUAAUAAUGAAAGAAAAGAGUAAAUAUAUAGAUUGAACAAAAAGAAAUAAACUUAUUCAAGUCACAAUAUUCAAAGAUGCAUUAGCGUGUAGUAACUUAUAAUUAAAAGAAAGAAUCUGAUUGAAAAAAAUAAAAAUAUGAAAUUGCGAAGAGAAGUUCAAGUAUUUGUGAAGUGGAGGAAAAAAAAUUGAUCUAAAUAAGGAGUAAAUUAUCUAUAGCUUUGUAGAUGGAAGAAUGUAAAGUGAAUAACUAGCGCAGAAUCAUGUUUAAAGAAAAUUAUCUAAUAUGCCAAAGAUUUAUUUAAUGAUCUUAUUAUACUUUCACGAGAGCUUGAAAUAAUCUCAGACUUUCUUAUCAUUCUUUGAAAAAAAAACCAUGUAUAAUUUUUUCUUUCUCAUUCUGACGAUUCUUUCGAAGAAUCUCCAUUAUUAUUUUGUUUUCGAAAAUAUCGACUGGAAGAUGCUUUUUUCUAUAUAAAAAUAUCGAACUGCAAACACUGCCAAAAAUUGGAUGUUUUUGUACUAGAGGAAAUUUUGAUGAGCAAAAUUGAAGGAUUGAAUUUGUGUAAAUGAAAUUGAUAUGAAGAAGAAAAUGAAAGAGAAAAAAAAGAAAUGAAUAAAAUCACAUAAUCUCACA